AUGUCGAAACGAGUGGCUGUGUUUGCUUUACUAAUAUCCCUCGCGGGGAUAGAAUCCGCGAGGAUAUUAGCAUGGUUUCCAACUCCAUCUAUAAGCCACCAAAUAGUUUUUCGUCCCAUCAUCCACGAACUUGCAAGACGAGGCCAUGAUAUUGUGUUCAUAACACCUGAUCCUGCUAAGGUUAAUAUUACAGGCUUGAAGCAAAUUGACGUACACAAUGUCUCCUAUUCAAAUUGGCAAGAAUUACUCAUAGAUAAUAGAGUGGAUAAACAACAAUUAUUGACUCAAAUCAAGGAAUUUAUUGAAAGAUUUACAAUAGUGUUUGAUAAACAAAAUGAAGAUCCAGAAGUGAAAAGGGUUGUGACGGAAGAUCGGGAUAAAUUUGAUCUAAUAAUAACGGAAGCAUGUGUGCGUGUAGCAUAUGGUCUGGGCCAUGCAUUUAAUAAACCAGUUGUUUUAAUAAGUUCUUUCGGUCUAGUACCAGCACACUAUGGCAUUUUUGGUGCACCGACUCAUCCAUUUCUCUAUCCGUCACCCGGUCGUCAAAGACUGUACAAUUUGACAGCUCUUGAGAAGAUUAAUGAAAUAAUAAGUUUUGUGGUGUUAGAUAUUAUAGUUAGAACGACUGAAGAUAAUGAUUAUAAAAUAAUGAGAAAACAUCUUGGUGAAGAUGUACCUAGCUUUGAUGAUCUUUUUAAGAAUAUUAAACUAGCUUUGGUCAAUGAACAUCCACUUUGGGCGGACAAUCGGCCGGUUGGCCCUAAUGUUAAAUUCAUCGGUGGAGUCCACCAAACACCGCCAAAAGAACUUCCAAAGGAUCUCAAGCAAUAUCUGGAUGCUUCCAAAAACGGUGCGAUAUAUUUAAGUUUUGGAACAAAUGUAAAAACUUCGAUUAUACCUCCAGAAGUAAUUGAAACAAUUAUAAAGGUUUUAUCUAAAUUACCUUAUAACAUUUUAUGGAAAUGGGACAUGGAUGAAUUACCAGGAAAACCGAAGAAUAUCAAAAUUUCUAAGUGGUUUCCACAAGCAGAUAUUUUAAGACAUCCCAACGUCAAACUGUUCAUAACACAAGGAGGUCUACAAUCCACUGACGAGGCAAUAACGGCUGGAGUACCUGUCUUGGGUAUGCCAGUCAUUGGUGACCAAUGGUACAAUGUAGAAAAGUAUCUGCAUCACAAAAUUGGCUUACAACUUGAUUUAUUCACUUUGAAAGAAGAGCCUUUUAGAAAUGCAAUUGAAACUAUUAUUGGAGAUCCAAGUUUCAAGAAGAAUAUUUUAAAGUUAAGAGAUGUUAUGCGAGAUACCCCCCUAAAACCUUUGGACAAUGCUGUGUGGUGGAUCGAACAUGUGAUAAAACAUGGAGGGGACCAUUUACAGCCUCCAUCUGCCGGCAUGUCCUGGACAGAAUACUAUGAACUAAACUUACUUAGUGUAGUUGCAGCAAUUCUAUUUAUUACGAUAAUUGUAUUGUUAAUUAUUCUUAAAAUUGUUUUUAGUUUUCUAGGAUCUUUAUUUGUGUCGAAGGUUAAAUUAAAGAAAAAGUAA